AGGAAAUACUAAAGACUAUCAUUUCCAAAACUGCUGCUAGUAAAUAAGCGCCUCAAGCAGAAAACUGCAGAGCAAAAGGCAGGCUUCAGAAAAUGGUCUGAAGCCUACGAACAGAGAAGAGCUAAAGCUAUGGAGACUCUCCAACAACAAGAAGAGGUCGAUAUCAAGCUCCUUGAUGUUGAAACCAGGCUCUUUGAUGCCAAAAUAGAACGGGAGAGACAUUAUGAGGAUAGAGCUAUCAAAACCUCCCAGAGUAGGAAUAGAUAUACUGAUUUGUACAAUACGAACAAAGCUACCAACCUCGAAGAAAAUGACCAGAGGAAAAUUAAACUAGUGCAGAAAGAACUCCGAAAGUUCAAAGCCAUCAAAGAAAAUAGGAAUGGCUUCCAAAGCCCGACUGAGAGGAUCAAGAGUGCAAAUCUGAAAGCAUUAGAAAAGGUCAAGCAAAACCUGAAAAUCCAAGAACUCAUGCGUAAAGAGUUCUAUGAGUCGACUAUGAGCAAGCACAAAAAGAAAGAGAGACAUCUCCAAACACUCACAAGCCGUAAGGCUAUGUCUCCAGAUCCUAGGCUUGCACGUCAGAAAGAGAACUACAACUUAAUAGAGAGCUCGAGGAAGUCCUUCGGGAUUCUGACUAUGCUGAAAAGAAAGCUCAAAGAUAGAUCCCUUCGGACCAAGCAGCAUAAUAAUCUUGUAAUGUAUACCAAAGAUCUGCAGAAAGCUAAAGCCUUGAUGAACAAGGAAAGGAUCGUGAGAGAGUACCUAUCCAAGAAAGACAGGAAGAGAUCUGUACAAUCUCAAAAGGAAGAAAUCAAUGAAUAUGACUCAAGAGCUAGUAAAAAUUAGUAGGCGUAUAGACAAGGAUUCCAUAUAGUUAUAGCCAGAAAUUAUGUGUUAAGGUCUAAGCGCAAUUC